GAGACUUCCGAGUUCCAGCUAUCUGAAACUGUUUGGAUCGAGAGAGGUGGAGUGAGGUCUUAGAGAUGUCAUCGACGGCAGCGAACGAUCCACGUCAGCCGGCGGCGGCGAAGCGCUACGUGCAGACGGCUGUAUCUCCGGAGGAUCUACCGGUGGAUUACUCCGGCUUGAUCGCCGUGGUCUUCGGCAUCGCCGGCGUCAUGUUCCGCUAUAAGCUGUGCUCGUGGCUGGCGAUCAUCUUCUGUGCUCAGUCAUUGGCGAACAUGAAGAGCAUUGAAAACGACCUCAAGCAGAUCUCCAUGGCCAUGAUGUUUGCUAUUAUGGGAUUGGUGACCAACUACUUCGGACCGGCUCGACCAGGUGGACCUCCGAAGACCUCGAAUUGAUUGGAGCAAAGAGAAGAGAUGUAACAGUAUGCAGUUUCGUUUAAUCUGUUUACAGUUUUAGUUUUAUGGUUUCCGAGUUUGGUUUUAAGUUUGGUAAUGGACUAUCAAUUCUAUUUUGAGGAAAAAUCUGUGUGGUUCUGCAACUGUCUCUUUUAUGGCUUUCGAUCUCAUGCUAACGUUGUUGAAAGUAGUUUUAAUCAACUAUGCCAAACUAAUUGAUGAGGAAACUUUGUGUCAUUAUCAUGAAUAUUGGAGACAUAUCAUUGCUAACUGUUGUUGCAAGUGUUAUAUGGCUUUUCAGUUUACAUCUGUAAGUGCGUUUCUUCCAUUAUAACAGUCUGUAACCAUCCUUUUACUUGUUGGUCCUAUGGAUAGGGUUUGGUCUAAAGAAUCUGAAUGACCAAAGGUUCUCAUAAGAGAUGCAUGACUAUUGAUAAUUGUUUAAUUAUCUUCAUGCAAAGCUGAUGUUUGAAGGUUGGCAUAACCACCUUUUGAAAAUGGGUGAAUGCUUCUCUAUAAUAUUAAUAUGAACCCUGAAAAUAUGUCAAUUCUUAAUAGAGGGUCUUAUAUUUUAAAGCUGUGGAGAGGAAUGAGAUACUUAAACCAGUGGUGCUGGCCUUAGGCCUUGUUCAUUGAGCUCAUAGUCUCCUCUUCUUCUUCCUUAGUCUCCUUCCCCUCGUUAUAUCUAUACAUAUAUCUGUAGUUCUAUAUACAUGUAACAUUAUCUGGGCCAAAUUCAUAACAUCCAGUGUGUGGGAGAGAUUACAAAAAUGGAAGAAGGAAAGAUAUCCAACUCCAAUCCACAAAGUUAGAUAAAAAAAUGCUAUCCAUAUGCUGCUUGUUUCAUACCCUUUACAAGGACAUGUUACACCAUUCAUAAAGUUGGCAUACCUAAUUGCUGGUCGCGGAGUCAUGGUCACAUUUGUCAUAACAGAGUUUGCACAUGCACGUCUGAUGGCUGCGGAGCCAGACUUGGAUAAUGAGAGGAAUAAGGUCAGGUACAUCGCAGUGCCUGAUGGAUUGUCAGAAGAUGAUGCACGGAAUGAUGAAGGUAAGUUGUUUCAGAGUAUAUCAAAAGUCAUGCCUGGUCAUCUGAGAGAAGUCUUAGAGAAGGUCAACAUGGAGGGUAAUUAGAUGACUUGUAUCAUAGCUGAUCCAAUGUUUGGGUGGGCUUUGGAGAUUGCCGAAAUGCUGAAGCUGAAGUUGGCGAUCUUCUGGACUUCUGCUCCAGGAGUUUUGGCCUUGAUACUUAACAUUCCAAAGCUUAUUGAGGAUGGGAUUAUUGACGCCAAGGGAUCUUCAAAAAUUGAUGGGAAGGUUCAACUGUCCACAGACCUGCCACCACUGACUAGUGCAGACUUUCUGUGGAAUUAUUCAGGAAAGCAGUCUGGGGAGACCAACUUCCAAUAUUUCUCUGGCAUUCAACGAAACAUGAAGCGUUGUGGCUGGCUUCUGUGCAACUGGUUUCAUGAGCUUAACCCCCAUGUUGCUAAUUUAGUCCCAAACAUGUUUCCACUUGGCCCAUUACUGGCAAAUGGAAAACCUGCUGCAUACCUUUGGCCAGAGGACUUGACUUGCUUAAGCUGGCUCCACAAACAACC